CGGCCAUCGGGUUCGGGGUCAUUGAGAGCCCGAACUAGAGUUGCGACGUCAUCUAAUCACAUCACGUGACACAUCGGAUGUGGCGCGACAGGACAAUCUGUCUUCAAGCUUGACGCCCCAACCGACAUCAUUUGUCGGCAUCCCCAAAGCCACCACUAUCCGCAACCCUUUUCGAGAUCGGUCCUCCACGUGUGUGCGCAGCUUCUGUUUUCCUUGACGUCAGGAUACGGCAAGAAGGAUAUCGUUCUCUUCACCAUGCGUCUCGCCGUGUACGGCGCCGCUAGCUCCGUGGUCGCGAUAGGAGUGGUACUGUCGGCUUUCAAUCAGCGCGCCAAUUUCUAUUCGGCAUGCGUCUACCUCGCUCAGUCCAAUGCGUGCUUGAUGGUCCUGACCAAUAUAUUGAUCCUCCUCUCCAUCAUCUUUGGCCAUGGCCUCCAACUACUAUUCUACGGUCCGUUGCGUACGGUGGAGGUGGAGCAGAUCUACGAGAAGGCGUGGUACGCAGUGACGGAGACAUGUCUUGCCAUGACCAUCUUCCGCGAUGAGUUCGAUGUUCGGUUCAUCGUGAUGUUUGGAGUCCUGCUGUUUGUCAAGUGCUUCAGCUGGAUUGGCAGUGGAAGGGUUGAAUUCAUGGAACAACAACCACCGGAUCGUCCGAUAUUAUUCCAUGCACGUCUCGCGAGCAGCUUGUUACUACUGUGUGUUGCCUGUGGUGGAAUGGUUUGGCAUGCCAUCACCGCCGUGUUGGAGAAGGGGAAGCCAAACAUGAUGGUGAUGUUCGCAUUCGAAUUUGCCAUCCUCCUAAUCACCUCCACCGGAAUCCUCUCGCGAUAUAUCAUCAGCCUGGUGGAGAAGUACAUCCUGUACAAGGAGGCAACACGAAGAAAGGAGGCGAGAGCUAUCGAACGUGCGGCAACGAGGCAGCGACGGCAAACUGAACGAGAGGAGAACGAGCGGAGACGUGCGGCCGGAGAAGAGGUCGAGGCGAUUGAAGGCGAUGAUGAGGAAGAAGAGGAAGAUGAAGACGAGGAACUGGAUGUUGGUGGGUGGGAGGAGAAGGGAACUUGGGUCUUCUACGCCGAACUCUGCACGGAUUUCCUCAAACUCCUCACUUACCUCUCCUUUUUCUCUAUUGUCCUUACAUGGUACGGUCUGCCGCUGCACAUCAUCCGAGAUGUGUACCUUACCCUGCGUUCGUUCAUCACCCGUAUCCGCGACUUCAUUAGGUACAGGCGCGCUACGGCACACAUGGACUCACGGUAUCCGGACGCUACUAGCGACGAGCUUGGCGGCGAAGGCGUAUGUAUUAUCUGCCGCGAAGAGAUGCGCCCCUGGUCAGAUGAAGGAGUGCCCGGGAACGGCGGUAGAGGGACAGGAACGCAGGAUCAACGACACCGGCCGAAAAAGCUCCCUUGCGGUCACAUCCUGCAUUUCGCAUGUCUUCGGAGUUGGCUGGAGCGUCAGCAGCGGUGCCCUACCUGCCGUCGGCCCGUGUUGGAUGAGAAUGUAAAUGCCAACGCCAACGCCCGUAAUAACCCCGCAGCUGCAAUGGCACAAGGAAACGGACUCCAAUUUCAAGCACAGUGGGGAUUCGGCGGUUUACAGAUCGGGAUGGGUGCGGGCAUGUUGGGCGAUCUGAUGAGAGCCCAGCAGAACCAAGCAAAUCAGCCCCAGCAACCCCAGCAGCAACCACCACAGGCUCCACAACCAGGUGCUCAAUUCCCACAGCGUGAUCAGCAACAGCCGCAAACUCCGGUUCCGACUGGCGAUCAGACGCAAGCCGGCGAUGCUCAAACGAUUCGUGCCCUCCAGGAGCAGAUUCAUUUGAAUCAGCAGAUGAUAGAACGUGAGCGUGCUAGGGUCCUACAACGUCAGCAUACUAGGGUGCAAGAACGUGAGCGUCCGACGAAUACUCAACCUACUCCUGCAUCGGCGGAUCCAGCUGCACCGGUUGGGCCAGAGACGGGAACUACUCCCGCCGCCAACAUUCCUGCCAAUCCUACCACUGCGAACCCAAAUACUGGCAAUGGGCCAAACUUUGCGGUGCCACCUGCCAAUUUCCUACCAACACCAAAUCCAAACACGCCUUAUAAUCCCCCCUUCAACCCCUUCCUUCCGCGAGUUGGCCUACCACAUGGAAUGGUCCUUCCACCGGGCUGGUCUGUGGUUCCGCUCACCGUUAUCGGAAUGGGCGGGUCCGACCCAAUACCUGCCGCACAACAGCAACGGCCGCCCACAGACCCCUCGGGUGUCCUUGCGGCGCGCCGCGGAGCAAGGACUUACCAGGAGAGCAUGAGGAGCUACCACGCGCUUCACACCCCCACCAGUGAAGCCUCAUACGAAGACGUUGAGCUAGGCGGUAGCAGCAAUCGACCCACGAUGCAUUCCAGAACGGCUAGCGCCCCCGCUGUAUCCACCACAACCACCACAAUCACCACCAACACAAUACCCGCCGCCAGCGCCCCGCCCUCAUCCCCGCCCACCAACAACGCGGUUCCCGAAGCACUCGUGCAGCAGCUGGACGCAAUUAAUGACGCGGUUCGGCGCAUGCGCGAGGCGGCUCAGAGCCUCGAAGACACUGCUAGGCAGUCUGUCUUCUCGGUCCCUACGCCUGCUUCGUUCGCAGAGACGGGCGAGAGACUCAAUCUCUUCGGCGAGGGCAGCAUGUUCCCGCUACCGGCUCAGGAGGGCGCUCUAAGGAGUUUGCAGAGCGAGGUUUUGCGGCGUGAGCAGGAGUGGGGUGGCGAGGCGAGAGGUGUGGUCGAGGGGCUGUUGACGGGCGAGGCCAGGAGGGAGGCCGAGGAGGAUGGAGAACUGGUCGAGGUUCCGAGACCCACAGAGACGGAGAAUGAGGAGCCAGCGCCUGAGGCGACGUCGAGGCAGGAUAAGGGCAAGGGUGUAGACCGGGGCGAACAGGGCGAGAGGAGUGAGGAGUGAUUUUGCUUGCGAUGUCUGCUUUUUUCUCUCGCCUUGCAGCUUUGAUCGAUCGAGCUUGUGUUUUUUUUUUCUUUGGCAUGGUAUGGGUGUUGGAAAUAUUCGUUUUUCCCCAUUUUUCUGUUUUUCCGUUCUUCAAGUUUUUUUUACUUUUGAUAUGAUACUUACUUGCCGCGAAGAUCCCCCGGAGGAUAGCUGGAGGAGAGGGAAAAGAUAUCGGGCGGGCUUGCGCGCCCUGACAAUGGCUCGGUGGCUGUGUGUAUAUUACGUACGGUAUAGAUGGUUAUGUUUUACUACCA